GCCGGGGCCGGUUCCGCGCGCAGGGAUUUUUAAAUGUCCCGCUCUAAGCCGGGCGCAGGAGCAGCCGGCUCGGCAGCCAGCGCGGUGUAGGGGGCAGGCGCGGAUCCCGCCACCGCCGCGCGCAGGGCCCGCCGCCGCCGCCUCCCGACUCCCCGCUCGCUGCGCAUCUCCUGUCUCCCGUCUCCUGCCCCGGCUCGUGCACCGCUGUCUGCCGUGGAGACGGCUUCGGGCCCGCGGUGCUAGCUGAAGCCCCACGCCAUGCCGAGGGAGAGGAAGGAGAGGGAUGCAAAGGAACGGGAGACCAUGAAAGACGAAGGUGGCACCGACUUCACCCUCCGCACCAGGAAAAGGAAGGCAGAUGUGGCUGUUUUUUUGCAGGAUCCAGAUGAAGAAAUUGCCAAGCUCGACAGGCCUGUGCGAGGCCAGUGUGGCAGUCAGCUGUGGGACAACAAUGCAAACCCCUGCCCCUCGAUCCCCACACCCGACAAGGAAGACGACGAGCUGGUCUAUGCAAACACCACGUUUGAUCCUCACAGCCUGGCGCCCCCCAGAGCCUCGCCGCUGCCUGUCCUGAACUGGGCCAAUAGAGAGGAGGUUUGGAAGAUCAUGUUAAACAAGGAAAAGAAAUACUCCCGGGAUCAGCACUUUCUGCAGCGCCACCCUCUCCUGCAGCCGAAGAUGCGAGCCAUUCUCCUGGACUGGCUGAUGGAGGUGUGUGAAGUCUAUAAGCUUCACAGGGAGACGUUUUACUUGGCGCAGGACUUCUUUGAUCGGUACAUGGCCACUCAAGAAAAUAUUGUAAAAACACUUCUACAGCUUAUUGGGAUUUCAUCGUUAUUUAUUGCUGCCAAACUUGAGGAAAUCUAUCCUCCUAAAUUGCACCAGUUUGCCUAUGUUACAGACGGGGCUUGUUCAGGGGAUGAAAUUCUUACCAUGGAAUUAGUGAUUAUGAAGGCCCUCAAGUGGCACUUAACUCCUCUCACCAUUGUAUCCUGGCUGAAUGUGUACAUGCAGGUCGCGUAUCUGAAUGACGUGUAUGAAGUGCUGCUCCCGCAGUACCCCCAGCAGAUCUUCAUACAGAUUGCAGAGCUUUUGGACCUCUGUGUCCUGGAUGUCGACUGCCUAGAAUUUUCUUAUGGCAUCCUGGCUGCUUCUGCCUUGUAUCAUUUCUCUUCAUCCGAACUGAUGCAGAAGGUUUCAGGAUAUCAGUGGUGCGACAUAGAGAAGUGUGUGAAGUGGAUGGUUCCAUUUGCCAUGGUCAUAAGAGAGACGGGAAGUUCCAAACUUAAGCACUUCAAGGGGGUCCAUGCUGAAGACGCACACAACAUCCAGACCCACAUCAACAGCUUGGAUUUGCUGGACAAAGCCCAAGCAAAGAAAGCCAUAUUGUCCGAACAAAAUAGGAUUUCUCCUCUCCCCACUGGGGUCCUUACCCCGCCGCAGAGCGGCAAGAAGCAGAGCAGCGAGCAGGAGAGCGUGUGACCACACCAGCCUGCUCCACCAAAGAGUCGCAUAGAGGUGCCUACUCCCAGUUCCCCUGUCUGCUGCAUUUGCUUUUACAGAUAUGUAAGUGGAAGAGUGUACCUCUUCCACAACAGAAGUCCUUCUGUGGAUGACAUGGGACAGGGAGAAGUGAUUUUUUUUUU